UUUAAAGUAUGAUAUAAAUAUUUGACGAAUAAUGGCCGAUAAAUUGCUCUGGUUGGAGAUGUUAACCGUGCAGGCCUUUCUAACAAUCUCCCUGCACUUCAUUUUGAGUCAUUCUGUUGUCCUAGACACUGAGGUGAGAUGGUGUGUUAUAAACGAUAAUGAGAUGGAAAAGUGCACUGAUUUAAAACUAGCCAUCGCUGAGAGGAUACGCCAAAACCGAACUUAUUCACCGGAUUACAUUGGCAAACCAUACAAAGACCUUCCAACUUUGUUUUGUGUUAGAGGCAUGUCACAGUUUGAUUGUAUGCAGAUGGUAAUGAACGGUGAGGCAGAUUUGAUACAGUUAGAGACAAGUCUGUCGUACACAGCUGGUCAGUACUACACUAUGAUUCCUCUCAUGGUCGAAAAGUACAAACCAGGCCAAGGAGAUGAAGGAUUAGAUUUUUAUGCAGUGGCAGUUCUGAAUGCUUCCAAAGCUGAUUUUGACAUAAACACUUUGCAAGGCAAAAAAGUCUGCAGCCCAGGUGUUGGACAGGCUGCGGGCUGGGUCUACCCUGUUUCUUUCCUGCUUGAGAAUGAUUAUAUGCAAGUGGCCCAAUGCAACGUGCCCGUCAAAUCAGCUGCCUUCUACUUUGGAGACAUGUGUGCCCCCGAUGGCCUGGCCAGAUACUACAACACUUUCGGAACGAAUCCAGUGACAGUCUGCAAGGCUUGUGUUGGCAAGGAUGAGGAUUUCUGCACCAUCAACGAUCCAUACUCGGGGUACGCUGGGGCCAUUGACUGCCUCAUAAACAGCAACAGCGACGUGGCAUUUGUCAGACACACGACCAUUGAGAACUACUUGAAGAACACGAACAACACCCUCACAUUGGAUAAUUUCAAGUUGUUGUGCCAGGACGGCAGGAAGGUGGACGUGGCGUCGUGGGAGACGUGCAACUGGGGCAGAAUCGCCUCCCACGUCAUCAUGACCUCCACCAUCAGACUUCCGAAACUCAGGGACGAUUAUAAAGAUCUUCUUACUCUUCUCAGUUUGGAUUUUGGCGUUGAUGGCCUAAACAAGGAUCUCUUUGAAUUGUUCACAUCGGUUAAAUAUGGCAAGCAGAACUUGAUGUUCUCAGACGAGACGGUGAUGUUGAAGGAUGUGGCAGACGUUGCUGGUGGCUCGAGAAAUUCAUAUUACACGUGGGCAGUCAUCCCAGAACUCCAACCAUUUAAGAUGGACUUGAAAAGCCGACUGAACGUGUUGAACAAAUGUCCGGUGCCUUUAGCCACCUGGUGCGUCAUAUCCGACUACGAGAUGAUGAAGUGCGAGAAGAUGAUCAUGGCGUUUGCAGCUCGCAACUUGAAGCCAGAUUUGAAUUGCAUCAAAGGAGACGGCGUGAUCGACUGCUUGAAGAAGAUUAGGCUUGGUGAUGCUGAUCUAAUCACGCUGGAUGCCGCUGAUGUCUACAUGGCUGGCAAACAUUUCGGUUUGGUGCCAAUAGCGGCGGAAGACUACAGUGGCAAGAACGAAACUGGUUACUACGCCGUGGCGGUGGCAAGGAAGAGAUUUGUCUACAUGCUGCUCCACAAUUUAAAACAACGGAGAUCGUGUCACACGGCCGUCAUGUCAGCAGCAGGUUGGGUCAUCCCGGUCGACAUGUUGAUCGAGACAGGACAGAUUAACGUGCUUGAUAGUAAUGCAUACUUGGCUGUCUCUCAGUACUUUAGCAAGUCGUGUGUGCCGGGAAUAUUGGAUAGGUACUUCAACCCUCACAACAUGAACCCGGUGAACCUCUGCGAGGCCUGCAGUACAGCAGGACCACGGAGAUGCCUGAGGAACGAUGAUGAGUUAUACUAUGGAAGCAGUGGCGCUUUUAGGUGCCUCGUUGAAGUCGGUGGUGAUGUUGCAUUCGUGCGUCACAUGACCGUUCACGAAAACACAGACGGACUGAACCUGGCAGACUGGGCCCGCAACAGAAGGUCCGAUGAUUACGAGUUGCUCUGUAAGGAUGGUAAACGAAGUUCCAUUGAUAAGUGGAAUGAAUGUAACUUGGGUUACGUUCCAUCCAAUGCCGUCAUGACCGCAGGGUUUAAAAGCGAUGACAAGAAACAGAUCUACUGGACAUUGCUCAGCUACGCUCAACAAUUCUUCGACGCUGAUGGGAACCAGGAUUUUAAGAUGUUUGAUUCAGCAAUCAACCACAGAGACCUCAUCUUCCAGGACGCCACCGUCAGGCUGGUCCCCGUCACUGAUCAAACGUACGAAGAGUACUUGGGACCAGAAUUUGUAAGGAUGAUGGAGCGCAUGAAACUCAUCGACAAAGUAACCGGACAGCCUUCAUCGGACGCUUCCAUUGUCACACCCACAACUCACAUCGUUCUCAGCAUUAGCUUAUUACUUUUAUUGCGAUUAACCCGGGUUUUAUAGGUGUAAAUAAGCAGGUCUUUACGAUAUACACUUUGACGCAUUUUAAUUUUUUAUCAAUCUUAUUUGAAAUAACAUUUUUAUUUUUUGUAUAAAAUAAAGGAAUAAAUACCGAAAUCAAAUUUCUUAAUCGCCGACAGAACCUGCAAAAGUGGUUCAAUUGGCAAGUCGUAUUUUUGUUAGGAGUUAGAAAAAUAAAUUUAAAUUGUAAUAACGAUUUUAAUCAAACAAA